CUCGACGUUUAGAAAAUGGAAAGAAAUAACACAAGACCUCCUCUCUUAACACAGAUGAGACCUGCUGGACCACCAAGACCACCAUUUCCAGGAGGAAUGCCACCCAGACCGAUGGGUGGUCCUCGACCCGGUGGUCCACCAAUGCCAGGCGCAGGCCCAGGUGCCGGUGUACGUCCGGGUGGUCCACCACCCCUACGUACAAUGGAUAGCCGAGGAAACCUAUUAAUGGGAAGUCCUGGUGUACCAUCACCACCAAGACCUGGUGGCCCACCACAGAAUCCACAAACUAGACCGCCACCACCGGCCCCAAACACUGGUGGGGGUCCACAGAGUCCAACGGGUCAGGGUGGGCCACGACCACAAGGUGCUUUUCCAUGGCCACCCCAGGUGCCUGGGCAACCACAAUCAUCUACAAGACCACCAAACCCCUUUCCUGGUAAUCAAGCUGCUACACGACCGCCAUUUAAUCGUCCGCCAGGAGCUCCGGGUGGCCCACCACAACAACCUCAAACACGGCCUUCUGGACCACAACAACAGCCACAACCAGCACAACAACAGCCACAAAGACCACCUUCCUCUCUAUCGACCAACGACGAUGAUGAUGUGAUAAUGGGUCAGGCAAUCACCCCACAAAAAACAGUUCCACUUAAAAAUGAUCCCAUGGGUCCGGCGUUAAACGAAGCCGAUGAAGACGCCGCCUACAAAGACGAUUCACCAGUCUCCAUGGCGAAGAACAGUGAUCUGUCAUUAGUUUCACCCGAUUCCUACAUGAAUGAUAGCAGUAUGUCGAAAUCCAUAAGUGGGGAAGUACCAGGUUCAAUAUCGAAAGGUGACAAUGACAGUGGCGUUGAUGAAUCUACUCAAGAUAAGGAACGCAACGGCCCCGGAACCCCCAGUUCCCCAGCCAAAACUCCAACUUCGGUAACAUCCAAACCCGAGAAAUCGGCAGCAUCACGCCCACCCAGCACUACACCAUCCAAUAAAUCAUCCAAAUCUCGCAGUACUUCACGAAAUCGCAUUGCAUUGAAGACCCCAGAACCGGAACCAGUUAAAAAAGUUCCAAUGAAUAAAAUUCAAGUUGGACACGCUCCUUCACCUAAUUUGAAGGCCGUACGCUCCAAAAUUGGAUCUCUUGACAAUGCCAGCUACAAGCCAGGUGGCGGCAAUGUUAAAAUCGAAACGAAGAAAAUUGAAAUCAAGGCAGCACCCAAAAUUGAAGCUAAAAAUGAUAAAUACACACCAAGGGGUGGAGAAAAGAAGAUAAUUUCGACAAAAUUACAAUGGAACGCAAAAUCGAAAAUUGGUUCCCUAGAAAAUGCCCACCACAAGCCGGGCGGUGGUGAUAAGAAAAUCGAAACAAUUAAACCUGAUUUCAAGGACAAGGCCAAACCCAAAGUUGGUUCCAAGGAUAAUGUGAAGCAUGUUGCCGGUGGUGGUGACAUUAAGGAAUCCAAUGAUCAACCUAAGGAUAUACAAACACAAAAAAUCGAAAUAAAGGCACAAAGCAAAAUCGGUUCUUUGGACAAUGUCAAGCACAAGCCAGGUGGUGGCGAUAAGAAAAUUUUCGAUGACAAGGAUUAUUUGAAAAAUAUUGAACACGGCGUACCCUUGACCACACCACCGUCUCAGAGUCCACUACCAGCAUCCAUGACGACCUCAACAUCUGGUGCCGAUGAAAAUCUAAAUCAGCAAAGUUAAAUUAUUUUACAGAAAAUACAAAAGAAUAUAAAAAUCGGAGCUAAUGCAUAACAAAACAAUACAUAUUGAUUAAUUCAAAAUACAAAAUUUAUUAACUCUACAAAAAAAGAAAAGAAAAAAAAACAAAGAAUAAAGAAAUGAAAAAAGACCAAAAAUCUAAAUUUGAAACAAAAAAAACAUAACAUAUUUCUAAAGCAAAAAAGAGAUAACAAAAACACAACUAAGCAUAUUUAUCAUCUUCAUAUUAUAUUACACCUCCCCACGAAAAAAAGGAAAAUGUAUGAGAGAAGACAAAACUAAAUGUAUUUAUUCGACAGUUAAACCACAAAAAAUAAAAUAAACUAACAAAAAUACAAUACCAACAAUCCUCCCACAAAGAAACAAACAAAAAAAAAACAAGAUUACAUAUAUACUCAUAUAACAAAAUCCAUUACAACAAUAAACAAUUUAUACACCACAAUAAACACUUUUAAACAUUUAUUUUUUAAAAAAUAAAAAUAAUUUUUAUUGAAAUUAGAAACAAGACAUAACUUUAAUAGUGUUGAUAAAGGCUCAGUAAAGAAUUUAUAAUUGAUAAUCUACUGCAAUGUAGUGUACACAUAACACGCUUUGUUGAUACUUUAGAAGGUCUUAAAGGCUAUUCGAAUUGCUUGGGCUUCGUAUGAGUGUUGACAAUAGCCAUACGCCAUGGUGCUGCUAUUUAAAAAAAUUAGAAUCACUGGUGUUUUAGUACUGACAAUCGGAUUAUAAGGGCUAUGAUAUAUAUCUCUGGUCUAAUAAUGAAAAUGUGAUUAUUGUUAAGGGAGAAAAAUUGUGAAAGGAAAACAAGUUAGUAAAACUUGUGAAACAAAAAUUUGUUUGCUUUGUAUACCCUACUAUAUGUGUAAACAUUUUAUGGGUCACAUUUUUCUCCGAUUGAAAUUACAUUUUCCACAAAUCAUUUGUGUAAACAAUCUAUGGGUCACAUUUUUUCUCCGAUUGAAAUAACAUUUUCCACAAAUCAUUUGUUUGCCCCAAGAAUGAACCCUUUCGAAAUUGGUGAUUAUCGGUACAAAUUUUGAUAUAUCCAAGGCUCAAUAAGGAAGAUUGUUCAACUUCAAAAAAACUGGGCAACAACUCUGUGCUGCAGUCUUAUAGAGUCAAAUAGACUUUUAAAUAUGCAACAAUUGGUUUUGUUGGUUUUAUAUUUUUUCCUUCAAAAAUUUUCCACAAAAUUAAAUCAACGAUAGAAGAAUAAUGCAGUUUUAUCCGAAAAUGUACAAUUUUUUGACCAUUAACAUCGAAAAAUGUAUUUCUGUUGCCCCUAAAUUUGAAAUACUUUCAUUUUUUUCUUUUUUUCUAAACAAUACAUAUACAUAUACAAAUUGUGUAUGUUUUGGCAGGAUAGCGGCACCAGAAGAAAAAAAUUGUAUUUAGGAAGUAGCUUUGUUUUACCUUCUAUAAUUAUGCCAUGGAUAUAUCUUCGUCCGAUUUCAAUUAUAUUGUGCACCAUAUGUGGAAUAUUCGACCAAGUAGUAUGCAUUUCAGCAAAUCCGGCCGGACUGAGCCCAGAAGUAAGUACUUGAAAUCUGGCAAAAAUCGCUUAAAAUAUGGCUAUAGCUAACAUAUAUAUGUUUCAUCGGAUUUGGGUUCCUCAAUUCCGUAAUAUGCCCUCUACUACUAUUACAUUUGGUAACCGAUAUCUGAUACAACCCAAUUUUAUCGCAAUCGGUUCAGAUUUGGAUAUAGCUUUCAUACAUAUCAUUAUCCAAUUCAUUGUCAUAAUGCAGCAAAUAUUUAACAUCAAGAUAAGAGUUUCACAGGAAUUUUACUCUUCACUCUUCUAUUUACUCUCGCGAGUAUUCCUCUUUGAAAAAUUAGACUGGGAGACAAAAUGUUCGAAUUAGUUUUUGUUUCGUUUGCAGCUGUGAGAUAGCAAAAUGUCCAUACUGUCAUACGGUAUAACCAAAAAUUUAAAGCUUACUCGACAAGAGCAUAAUCAGCUUGAUGGCAUAGAAAUUGCAGUAGUAUAACAAUAUUAAAUAUAUUUGAUUUAUUUCUUCUACUCGCAGAGGAACCUCACUCGAAUUCGUAGGAGUUUUACUCUCUACUCGAAUACGAGGUAGCAUUUCGGGGCUCACAUCACAUGGUGAUGUCAUGUCAAAACUUCGAUCCAAGUUUGGCCCAUUUCAAAUACGGCCGCAAUCGUUAAGAGGGUCAUGCAAUCGUCUUCUGUACCAAGGCCUUUGAAAGCGAAGCAAAUAAGAAGUCAGGUAUUGAAAUUGAAGUAUAUUGAGAUAGAAAAAAAAUAAGGAACAAGUUCGACCUAAUUCCGAUGAAUUUUAACAAAGAUUUGUUAUUAGAAAUCACUUGGACAAGAAUGUAAUACUAGGAUCAGCAAUUUUAAAAUGGGAUUUCGCCUUAUUUUAAUAAUAAACGAUGCCAGCUAGUUAUGGUGAGUCCCUCAAUUGCAUCCCGAAUUUUACCAAAUCAGUGAAGCUCUGAGUGUGGCAUGAUUUAAAUCAAAGAAAAAUUAUGUCAAUAUUCAUACGACUCCUUUAACAUUUAAAUACACAACGAUGUUUUUGAAACAUAUUUGUAUUCUCUUUUAAAAAUAAAACAACUCCUAGAGUAAAUGACUUGAGAGAUGAAUUUCAUAACUAAGGCGAAAAUACUUGCCAAAAAUGUUGUCUUUAAUGAAGAACAAAAGUCAGAGGUUUGGAAGCAAUCGGAUUUCGCCUUAUUUUAAUUAUAAACGAUACCACCUAGUUAUGAUGAGUCCCUUAAUUGCAUCUCAAAUUGCACCAAACCAGUGAAGCUCUGAGAGUGGCAUGGUUUAAACCAAUGAAAAAUUAUGUCAAUAUGCAUACGACACCCGUUUAAGAUUUGAAAACAUAACGGUAUUUUUUGAAACGUAUUUGUAUACU